AUGAAGCCCCAAGAGAAGAGACUUCCACAAUACGAGCUCAGCCGCUGGGAGAACAAGAUGAAAGCAAAAGGUCAGGCGGUGGACAAUUCCCUUGUUGUUGAAGUAGCUUUGCUCUCGUUCUUAAGAUGGUCCUGGGCAUCAGACACCCUCCGAGCCGUCUUCAAAUACCUUAUCGCCAUGUUGUCUCAGCCAUCAAUCUCGCAAGACAGACACAUGGAGAUUUUAGUUCGCAGUCUCGGCUGUCGUGGUGAUGGUGGGUUGAUGCCGUAUGAUGUACGGCAGGACCGGACAAAAGAUUUCAUGGUAGAUCCUGAUAAUCAAAGUUUCUGGGACGUGAUGAGACGGACGCCGGAGGUGUUGAGAAAUGCUGUGAGAUCACUGGGGUGUUUUGUGAGUUACAGCAAUUUCGUAUUACAUCCUGACUCUACAGUACUAAUGAAGAGUGAACUUGUAACAGGCGCUCCAUCGCUCGGUUAG